UAAAUAGUCGUAGCAAGAGACCUCGGAUCGGUUCCGCCUCUGCACGCUCAAAGCGAAAUGCCGUCGUACAAAUCUCUCGCGACCGCCGCGAGCACUAUUCGUGCCAGAUUGAGCCCAUCACUCCGGACCCGUGGCGGCGGAGAGGGACCCAGCAGAUGGGCAACCCAAGGGCACGAGGAUCGGCCGAAGGGUUUCGCCUUCAGUCGUACCCCGCCGCCGCCUGGCGAGUCUCGAAAGUGGGAAGACUGGGAACUCCCUUGCUAUGUCGCUUACUCUCUGGCUGUAGUUAUUCUGGGAGUGGGGCUCACUGCCAAGCCCGAUGAUUUGAGGAUUGAGGCCUGGGCUCACCAGAAAGCUCUCGAAAGGCUCAAAUCGGAAUCGGUUGAAUCUGAUUGAAGUAAGUCGAUGGUGCUUGUUGGUGGUUAUUAGCUUUGGCAGUUAACUCUUUCAAGGAAUAAUUGUAAUCCGGCUUGUCUAUCUGGCUGGAAUUUGUGAAUUAUUUUUGUUUCUAAUGCUCUCAAUCAACUGCGAUUUCCAGGAUACCUAAUUUGAUGAAAUUGGGUAAUAGGGUUGGUGGUUUUAUAUUUCACUUUGUUUUUGCUAUAUCAUGAAUGGCUUGUGCUGCCCUUUGCAAACUAUUUAAAAAGAUUCUCCUAUUAAGAUUUAUCAGAUUUUAAUUUCGAUGUC